UUCACCACCGUCGUGUACCGGGACAGUUUGAACGUGGCGAUAAUCAAGAAUGUUGUCACCGUGGUUCUCUGCAUCUUCAUCAACUUCAUCAAUGGCACGCUGGUGCACACCUUCAGGAAACACCAGGUUUUCAACAUGAACCCUCGCUACAUCCUGUACAUCCACCUGGUUCUGAACGACAUGAUCCUGCUCACCACCUUCACUCUGGUCUAUGUCCUGAGUUACAUAGUCUACACGCUCAACGUCUCCUUCUGCAUGUUCCUGCUCAGCAUCGCCAUAUUAUCCGACGUCAACAACCCGUUCACGCUGGCUGUGAUGGCGGUGGAGUGUUACAUCGCCGUGUGCUUCCCUCUCAGACACUCCCUCAUCUGCACGGUGCGGAAAACAUACGCCGUUAUCGGCCUCAUGUGGCUGAUCGGACUCCUCACCGUACUUCCGGAUAUUUUCAACGCUUUGGCCACCGAGUCCCUGGACUUCUUUCGCUCCAGGGUGUUUUGUUUCAUGCCAAACAUCUUCAGAAACCCCAUGCUUAAAGAGAGGCGAGACGUGUCCAACAUCGUGUGUCUGGUGAUCAUUUGGCUCACUCUUUUUUACACGUACUUCCAGAUAAUCUGCGCAGCGAAGUUAGUGGCGGCGGAUAAUAAAAAGGCGAGAAACACAGUGUUGCUGCACGGAUUCCAGCUGCUGCUCUGCAUGCUGACAUAUGUUUUCUUCUUAUCCAUCGAGGGUCUCACGUUUCUUUUCCCCAGAGGAGUGCUGACCAUUCGCUUCAUCAUUUCAAUACUCAUCCACGUUCUGCCUCGACUCAUCAGUCCGCUGGUUUACGGGCUGAGAGACAAGAUGUUCAGGAAGUACCUGAGGAAAUACUUACCCAGCUAG